CGGCUCUCCUUCAACAACACCCACCAUGUCAUCGCUUUUUGGAAAUCUUGGGGGCGGGGGCCAACCUUCGUCUGGGGCGUCAUCUACCCCCAAGCCGCUCUUUGGCACUGCUGCCACCAGCACCAACCCGUUUCCCAGUCUCAGUGCCUCAACGAGUGGGCCAUCUGGCACGUCACAACCAGCAAGCUCAAGCGGCUUGGGAGGAAGCCUUUUUGGAGCGAGUACCGCAAAGACGACAGCGCCGGGGACAGCGAGCACAACAUCAUCUCUAUUCCCCGCCGCAAGCUCUCAAGCGCAAACCGGCGGCCUGUUUUCGACGCCCGCUAGUAAACCAGCACAGCAAUCGACCACGGCCAAUCUACUAUCAAACCUAGGACAAACGGCCGCACCGGGACAGAGCUCGUUCUUCUCUACCCCCGCCACGCAGCCACCACAACAACCGCAACCAGGUGGCCCCCUGUCUCAGACCAGCAACGUAGCGGGUCGCUCUGCACACUUCGACCAUCUGCUUGAACGCGGCAGGAAGCGCAAUGCUGGGGAGAAUGGCCUCAGUAGCUUCGACGAGCUGCCCUCUCUGCAGCUGGGCCUGGGGGAUAUUGCCCGGAAGGUCCGCAACCUUGGGGCUGGUGGACCUUCAGCAGACCUCGUGCAGGAUCGUGCAGCACACUACCUUCUCUCUGCCUCGGGCGUCAAGAUGGGCAGCACCCUCCGAGACCUAAACCAAUUCACCACGCAAGCGGGACUCAGUACGGCCGGACCAGCUACCAACAUUCUAGAUACGGACGUCGAUGGCUACAUCUCGAAUCUUCACUCACAAUCUACCCUGGCCAUGAUACAAGAAGGCCUGGAGCAGUCGAAGCGAGAUUUUGACACGUUCCUGGAAGAGAAUGUUCAAAUCGAGUGGGAUGCACAGCGGAAACGAAUAUACGAGCAUUUUGGCUUGGGGAAACAGAGCGAGGACAUGGCCGCUUCACAGGCCACGUUCGGAAGCUCAGCUGUGCGUGGGGCAUUUGGCAGACCCACCCGUAAAGGUCGGUCAAUGGGUGCGAAGGGAGCGUCAACGAAUGGAGCUACUUUUGGUGCGUCUGGGGCACAGCCCGUCAUUGGCUCUGUUUUCUCGCCGUAUCAGAAGAAAGAGCUCGCUGGUCAAGAAUUUCUUGACAAGUCGGCCGCAGGACAAGUCGGUCCCACGGAUCGAUUCAUGCGUGACAAACAAGAAAAAUUCAUGGAAAAGGUCAAGGAACUGAAUGUGGCGAGGCUUGAGGACAAUCCAUUCCCUGUUCUGCAUGCCUUCUCCGAAGUGGAGGCACAGUCGGGGGCAGAGAAUACAGACCAUUUCAUAAAUGCCUACGCAGCUCUCAUCUCUAUCACCGGCGAGAAUAGAGAUCCAAAAGGAGCAAAUGUCGCAUCAAACCCGAGGGAACGUGGCUUUGCUCAAGAAUAUCUUGAUGAUCAGCCCAAUUCAGCAAGUAGUGUCAGGACCCGGAAGCGGAUUCUUGAUGGUUCCCGAAAGUUCCUAGAGAAGAAAUUCUUAGAUGAAGUUGACGUUGCCGUACGGAAACAUGCUCGCGAGGCCCAGAUCGGUGGCAUUCCAUCACUAUUGAGCAGGAUUCGUGGCUAUAUCAGAGUCAAAAUGGCGUUCAAAGAGCUUGGUACGGACACAGAACAGCUGCAGAGGAUUGGUGGUGAAGGGGAGGAAUUCCCCUGGGUCAUUGUCUUUUAUCUGCUUCGGGCUGGCUUAACCGCCGAUGCCGCUCAAUAUGUGCGUGAUAAGAAGAACUUCUUCCAAAAUAACGACAGGAACUUCCAGGCCGCGAUUAGCUUCUACGCAAGCGACCCAGACCGACGCCUCAGCCCCGAACUACAGCAAAAGAUCAACCAUGUAUACGCCCAGCGUGCCCGAAUAGCACCAACCAACGAUCCCUACCGUAUGGCAUGUUACAAGAUCAUUGGUCGUUGCGAGAUGUCCCGCCGAAAUCUUGAGCCGCUAAAGGAGUCUAUGGACGACUGGGUGUGGCUUCAAUUCAACCUUGCUAGAGAAGGUAACCGCGCUGAGGAAAAUGCUGGCGAAGCUUUCGGUUUAGAGGAGCUACGAGCUACAAUUAGCGACAUUGGCCAACGGCAUUUCAUGUCUGGUCCAUCAGAGGCUGCUGGUGGAUUCGGAGUCUAUUUCUACCUGGCUACGCUUGCUGGAAUGUUUGAACAGGCGGUCAAUUUCCUCUAUCAACACGCCUAUGUCUCUGCUGUCCAUUUUGCAAUCGCAUUGGACUAUUACGGAUUACUACGGGUGUCUGAUUGGAGUAGCGCUGGAUUGGAAAUUCUCACUCACACUACACGACAAUUGCCCCAACUCAACUUUGGAAGGGUGGUUGGCUUUUAUACCAGAGAUUUCCGCGCCGCUCGCGCCGAUGCUGCCGCCGAGUAUUUGAUAUUGAUAUGCCUCAAUGCAGAUCUUGCCGGUGAGGCAGGCAAACAACAAGCUUCCCUUUGCCACGAAGCACUCCGCGAGCUUGUCCUUGAAACGCGAGAAUUCACCACUCUCUUGGGAGAUGUCAAAGCCAACGGACAGAGCACUCAGGGCCUAAUCCAGGAACGUGUCCCAUUGAUCAAGCUCAGCGACGAUGCCGCCUUGCUCAACGUAAUCAUCUCGGAAGCAGCCAAGAUGGCUGAUGACAACGGACGCACCAAUGAUGCUGUUCUCUUGCGCCACCUUGCCGGCGAAUACGAUGGUGUAGUAGUGAUCCUGAAUCGGGCUCUCUCCGAAGCUCUUUCCGUAGACCUUGGUCAGGAACCCCUUCGCCUCGAGCCGCUAAAGCCACGCAUUGCAGGUGCCAACCCCGAACCUCAACCCGACCUCACAAACUCAAGCCUGAGCUUGUUGGGCACAGACGAUCCUGUCACGUUGGCUAGGAUGGUCAUGGGUUUGUACGACAACAACGCCCUGUGGUGGAGCGAGGUCGCCAAAGAGAACCGCGAUGCGCUUCGCAUACUAUACCUGCUGAACGACGCCAAGAAGGUUAUUGAACAGAGGCGCUUCAUGGAAGCUCUAGAUAUCAUCCAAUCCCUUGACGUCCUUCCCCUCAAUGCCGAAGGCUCCCUGCCACUCAUCCGCACCUCAGCCAACAACUUCUCACAAUACCCACCCGAAAUCGCUCGCAAUAUCGGAAACGUUCUGUUGUGGUGUAUCGGUUGCUGCAGCCGCCACCGAGAGAUCUUGCUCAGUGGCCAGUGGGAGGAUCCAACCAGGAAGGCUCUUGCCGAUAUGUUGCUUCAGAAAGCGAAGGACUUGAUGGUGUUUGCCGGGCUGAUUCGGUAUAAGUUGCCACCGAGGGUGUUUGAGACGUUAGCGAAGGAAGGGCAGGAUGCAGGGGUUUAUUAGAGGAGUAUUGGGGGUUGGUGGCCAGUUGUGCGAUGGAGAUUUGGAGGCGAGGGAGGGGCAUGCUAAUCUCCAUCUUGGCGAAAGUUGAAGAGGAUAAUGCAUGGGCAUGCACUAUUUUGGCAUGAAAAUAAGCCGAGCAUCUUGAAGGCAUUGCGGGUUUGAUACCAUUGACAUUCAGAGUUUGCCCGCGCCGUGGAUAGAUAUAUCAUAGUAUUUUUUGUCG